AUGCGUUCAAGUUCCAUUGAUAUUCCUGUGAAUGCAACAUGGUCAAAGAAUGGUAUCACUGUUGCUGGUGGAAAUGGACUAGGCAAUGAAACUACUCAACUCUGUAACCCAUGUGGUUUGUAUGUCGACGAAGAUCUAACAAUCUAUGUUGCUGAUUGUGUAAAUGAUCGCGUUGUGGAAUGGAAAUGUGGGGCAACGAAUGGAAAAGUAGUUGCUGGUGGUAAUGGAGCAGGAAAUGGAGCUCAUCAAUUAAACCACCCAACAGAUGUGAUUAUCGACAAAGAGAGCGAUAGUCUCAUCAUCAGCGAUUGGGGGAAUCACAGAGUAGUUCGAUGGCGUCGUCGCAAUAGUACUCGUGGAGAAACAAUUAUUUCAAAUAUCACUUGUGUCGGUUUGACAAAAGACGACAAUGGUUUUCUCUAUGUGGUUGACGUCGAAAAAUAUGAAGUGAGACGAUAUAAAAUUGGUGACACUAAAGGAACAGUGGUUGCAGGUGGCAAUGCAUAUGGAAAUCGUCUCGAUCAACUCUAUAACCCCUAUUACGUAUUUGUCGAUCGAGAUCAUUCAGUUUAUGUGUCUGACCAUGACAAUCAUCGUGUCAUGAAAUGGGAAGAAGGUGCAACACAAGGCAUUGUCGUAGCCGGUGGUCAAGGGAAAGGAAAUAGUCUUACACAAUUGAAUUAUCCUAAUGAAGUCGUUGUCGAUCAGUUGGGUACUCUCUAUGUGGUUGAUGGUGAGAAUCAUCGAAUCAUGCGUUGGCUAAAAGGAGCCACACAAGGAAGUGUCGUUGUUGGUAGAAAAGGUGAAGGAGCACAGUCAAAUCAAUUCAGUUUUCCCACAGGUUUAUCAUUCGAUCGACAUGGUAAUCUCUAUGUCGACGAAUACGGAAGUCAUCGAGUACAAAAGUUUAAUAUCAAUUGA